GUGCUCUGCUGGCUCUGCCUGGUGUGGACCCACCUCCCAGUCUCUGGCUGCAAAGACUUUCUCUUUCCCUUUGCAGUUACUUUGGGUCCUGCCACACAGAGCGGCCUGUUUUUAUCAGAGGUCCCUCUGCCAGGGGGAGGACCCCAGAGAAAAACAGAAAGAGGGUCAGAGCCUGAGGAAGAUACAGCAUCCCAGAGCCUCCCACUCCAGCGCCAGAGCAGGAAGAGGGAGGGGCCAUGACUACGAGGCCCUGGGAGGUCAGUUUAAGGAGGGCUGUCCUAAAACCAGGAGCCUGUAGCAGAAAGUGAAACCCUCCUGCUCCAGACAAAGAUCAUAGUCGGGACUAGCCAGCCAAGGAUGAAGCCUCAGUUCAGAAACACAGUGGAGCGAAUGUAUCGACGCACAUUCUUCUACAACUUUAAUAACAGACCCAUCCUUUCUCGUCGGAAUACCGUCUGGCUGUGCUACGAAGUGAAAACAAGGGGCCCCUCAAUGCCUACUUGGGGCGCAAAGAUCUUUCGAGGCCAGGUGUAUUUCGAGCCUCAGUACCACGCAGAAAUGUGCUUCCUCUCUUGGUUCUGUGGCAACCAGCUGCCUGCUUACAAGCGCUUCCAGAUCACCUGGUUUGUAUCCUGGACCCCCUGCCCGGACUGUGUGGCGAAGGUGGCCGAAUUCCUAGCUGAGCACCCUAAUGUCACCCUGACCAUCUCUGCUGCCCGCCUCUACUACUACUGGGAAACAGAUUACCGCAGGGCGCUCUGCAGGCUGCAUCAGGCAGGGGCUCGUGUGAAGAUCAUGGACAAUGAAGAAUUUGCAUACUGCUGGGAAAACUUUGUGUACAAUGAAGGUCAGUCAUUCAUGCCUUGGGACAAAUUCGAUGACAAUUAUGCAUUCCUGCACAGCAAGCUAAAGGAGAUUCUCAGAAACCCAAUGGAGGCAAUGUAUCCACACAUAUUCUACUUCCACUUUAAAAACCUACGGAAAGCCUAUGGUCGGAACGAAAGCUGGCUGUGCUUCACCAUGGAAAUUAUAAAGCAUUGCUCAACUGUCUCCUGGAAGAGGGGCGUCUUCCGAAACCAGGUUGAUCCUAAGACCCAUUGUCAUGCAGAAAAGUGCUUCCUCUCUUGGUUCUGCGAGGACAUACUGUCUCCUAACACAAACUACCAGGUCACCUGGUACACAUCUUGGAGCCCUUGCCUAGAUUGUGCAGGGGAAGUGGCGGAGUUCCUGGCCAGGCACAGCAACGUGAAGCUCGCCAUCUUCGCCGCCCGCCUCUACUACUUCUGGGAUAUAGAUUACCAGCAGGGGCUCCGCAGCCUGAGUGAGGAAGGGGCCUCCUUGGCGAUCAUGGACUGCAAAGAUUUUAAAUAUUGUUGGGAAAACUUUGUGUACAAUGGUGAUGAGCUGUUCAAGCCUUGGAAGGGACUAAAAUACAACUUUCUAUUCCUGGACAGCAAACUGCAGGAGAUUCUCGAGUGAGGGGUCUCCCCGGGCCUCAUGGUCUAUCUCCUCUAGCCUCCUGCUCAUGUUGCGGGGGCUUCCCCUCCACCCUGGACCAGCUCUGCUUUUGCCUGGUCACCCUGAGCCCCUCCUGCCCUCAGGGCCAUUCCACAGUGCUCCCCUGCCUCACUGCCUCCUCCCCGCUCUCCCAGGCUCUUCCUUCAGAGGCCCCUUUCUGCCUCCAUGGCUACCCAUCCACCCACCAAGACCCCGUUCCCUGAGCCUAUGUGCCCCUAACCUGCCUUUUCCCAUCUCCCCAGCAUAACCAACCUUUUUUUUUUUGAGACGGAGUGUUGCUCUGUCGCCCAGACUGGAGUACAAUGGCUUGAUGUUGGCUCACUGCAAACUCCGCCUACCAGGUUCAAGUGAUUCUCCUGCCUCAGCCUCCCAAAUAGCUGGGAUUACAGAUGCCUGCCACCACGCCCAGCUAAUUUUUUUAUUUUUAUUUUUUGUAUUUUUAGUAGUAACUGGGUUUCACCAUGUUGGCCAGGCUGGUCUUGAACUCCUGACCUCAGGUGAUCCGCUCAUCUCGGCCUCCCAAAGUGCUGGGAUUACAGGCAUAAGCAACCCCGCCCGGCCGCAUAAACACAUCUUAUUAAACUCAACCUAGGCUGGCCGCCUUGACUCACGCCUGUAAUCCCCCAGCAAUUUGGGAGGCAGAGGUGGGAGAAUCCCUUGAGCCCAGGAGUUCGAGACCAGCCUGGGCCACAGGACAAAGCCCCAUCUCU